CGGUUUGUUUCAGUAUGGCGGCUGUUGCUGAGGGGACUGUCGACGCUGGGAUUUAUUGGAUUACCGACACAUCAGAAGACGAGCAGGCUGUGGCGUUUGUUCCAGGAGUGAGCAAAAAGAUGGGACUGAAGUCAGUGUCCGUUGGUAGUAAUCAGGUGAAGAACAGAGGCAGGAUCGUUUCUAACCCUGAACAAGCACAUGGGAAGAAGUCGAGCAAGAUGACAGACACACCUCUGGUGAAUUCUUUAUUACAGAAGACCUCUGCAUUUUCAGCUCAACCCAAAACCUCUCCCCAGGUGUCAGAUGCUUUACAGGCUCAGGAAAUUUCUCAUAAACUGCAGAUCAAAAGCAAGGCUUCACUGAAGGACCUCUGUUCAGAAGACAAGCGUCGCAUUGCCAACCUGAUUGAGGAGCUGGCGAGGGUAAGUGAGGAGAAAGAGGAGUCGGUACAGAGGCUCCGAGAUGAACAGGAGACGUUUGAGAAAAAGAUUCAGCAGCUUGAAGAACAAAAUGAACUCAUCGAACAGGAAAGAGAAAGCUUAAAGCAGCAGUACAGGGAAUGUCAGGAGCUGCUGGGACUCUAUCAGCAGUAUCUUUCCCAUCAGCAAGAAAAACUCAACAAGUCCAUCGCCCAGGCCAGUCAGUCCCACUCACACUGCAAGAGUGCCCGCAGUGCGAGAACAUCACGCAGUGCCCACGGUGGCAGAGGUGCUGCUCUCGACGGCUCCUACUUGGAUCUCCCUCCUCCUGGAAACAGGCCCGAGUCGGUGGUCUGCACUCACUCGAUUACAAACAUCCCACCCUCCACGCCCUCGUGUUGUGGUCGGCACCACGUCAGCCUUGAGCAUGGUACUCUGCAUGCCCACGGGUGUCCCGGAGGGGAACGGACCGAUCCUGCACACGUUAUGCAAUCGAACAGGGAGCAGGUGGCCGCGAGGUCCUGUGGCGCCCCGGUGCCCAGGUGCUCACGGCACAGCUUGGGACCAACAAACGUGGAGGAUUGUGGCGUGGAGCACAGCGAGACGCUGCCCCCCGUCGGCAGGCAGGACUGGGAGGCAAAGCGCCAGCGUUUGCUGCUUCAGAAGAAGCAGCUGGAGGCGGAGAGAGAGAAGCUGCAGGCUCGAUUAGCCGAACAAGAGGAGAGGCUGCUGAGACAGAACCAGGAGCUCCGGCAGUCCCGCCUCAACCACAGCAGGUUCCAGCAAGCAGUUCAAGCCGAAUUAGGGCCGUCUUUUAAUCGAACUGCUCUUAAUGAAGAUCCUCAACGCGGCGCAUCCGUGAAUUUACCCAGCAGUGAAGAAGUCGCGGGUGGGCUGCAGGUUCUGAAGGGAAGUGUCAGACGGCCGGUAAAUGAUGUUCAACCUUCAGAGAGGAAUAUUCACCCGCCUCAGCCCACACUUGUACACGAAGUCCCUGCGGUUACAAAGCAGGAUAUGGGUACCUCUCCUGUGCGCUCCCAGAACUUCCACCCUCCUCCACCCCUGGUUCCUUCAAGCUAUCCCAGAACCCCUGAACCACCCAAGUUGGACUCGUCUUUAAUUGAGCUCUUGGACAUUUUCAGUCCCAUCGGUGAGACAGUGGGAGGCAGAUUAAACCUUACCGCUCACAGGAGUCUCACCGGUCCUCGCCAGCCUCACAGCGGUGUUCGUAACUCCCUGAUUUCUCCCAAAGCUCAGAUGAAGCCCUCACACGAAGAGCUGGAGGAGAGUCAGAUCCUGGAGGAUAUUUUCUUCAUCUGCUGAGAAGUUCACCCGAACCUUAAUGUGAACGCCGUAAGCCUUUUAAUAACGUACACGAGGUUUCACUGUUGCCUUUUAAUCUUAAUCAGACAGCACGAAGUUUUGUAAUAGUUAAGGCGUCUCUAAUGUUGUUGCUCUUUAAUCAGUUUUUGUGAUUCCUUCGUAACUCUAAAGUGUCGCUUCAUUAAUAAGGAAAGAAAUCAUGACUUGUUUUUGCUACUUGUUUUUCUUAACUUCACUUUUAUAUCUGUUAAUAAACCUAUUUA